CAAUCACAAAUUCAUGGAUCGAAUACCGACAAGACUGCAACGCUCGUGGAGAUAGGAAAAGCUCAAUCAUGGAUUUACUUGAAUUCAAACUGUAUAUUGGAAAAUGUCUUGCCCUUGGGGCACAAACAACAGUUUCCCAAGAUCCUAGACCAUCCACCCCAGAUGAAGAAUCGAGCCGACCUGCUAAAAAAUGCAAGAAGUCGGAGAUACCACCAAGAGAUGUUAGGACCACUGGUAAUGAACAUUUACCAAUAUGCAGUGUAAAUAACAAAAAUACCUAUAUGCGCUGCCGUAAUCUAGGUUGUACAAAAAAAACAAGAUUUUUCUGUGUAAAAUGUGAGAUAUAUUUGUGUAUUUCUCCAGAAAGGCAAUGUUUCUUUGAAUUUCAUAAUUAG